CGAGCGAGCGAGCGGCCCCGCGCGCCGCCGGCCGCCCGACGCCGCGGGCGAUCGGAAGAGAAAGAAAAAGGAAAAAGAGAGACAGAAAAAGGAAAGAGAAAGAGACAGAAAAAAAGAAGAAAACACAGAAACUCAUCGUGGUUCUUGACUGUUUUUUAUAUAUCGUUGUUGUUAUUGUUGUUGUUAUUACUAUUAUUUACCCAUAUUGGAGGAUAGGAGAAGUCUAUAAGUGGGUUGCAAAAAAAAAAAAAAAGGAAUCUUCUUCACUCUAAAUCACUUUCUUUGCUGGACUGGGAUAUUAAAUAUACGACACAUCCAGGAGUUUAUUGGAGCGCAGACUGAUGGCGCAAAGGUACGAUGAGCUGCCCCACUACGGCGGGAUGGACGGAGUAGGGGUGCCGGCGUCCAUGUACGGGGACCCCCACGCCCCCCGGCCGAUCCCCCCGGUGCACCACCUCAACCAUGGGCCGCCGCUCCACGCCGGACAGCACUACGGCGCCCACGCCCCGCACCCCAAUGUCAUGCCGGCCAGCAUGGGCUCCGCUGUCAACGACGCUCUGAAGCGGGACAAGGAUGCGAUCUACGGGCACCCGUUGUUCCCCCUCUUAGCUCUGGUCUUUGAGAAGUGCGAGCUGGCGACCUGCACGCCCCGGGAGCCCGGCGUGGCCGGCGGGGACGUCUGCUCCUCCGACUCCUUCAACGAGGACAUCGCCGUCUUCGCUAAACAGGUCCGCGCCGAAAAACCACUUUUUUCUUCAAAUCCAGAGUUGGACAAUUUGAUGAUCCAAGCAAUACAAGUACUAAGGUUUCAUCUUUUGGAAUUAGAAAAGGUUCAUGAAUUGUGUGAUAAUUUCUGCCAUCGGUACAUUAGUUGUUUGAAAGGAAAAAUGCCAAUAGACCUCGUUAUUGAUGAAAGGGAUGGCAGCUCCAAAUCAGACCAUGAAGAACUCUCAGGAUCUUCCACAAAUUUAGCUGAUCAUAAUCCUUCAUCUUGGAGAGACCACGAUGAUGCAACCUCAACGCACUCGGCAGGCACACCAGGGCCCUCCAGCGGGGGCCACGCUUCCCAGAGUGGAGACAACAGCAGCGAGCAAGACUGCCAGCCAAAUGAACACUUUAGGAGGAGGUGCAUAUAUAUGUCUGCAGCACCCAGCGGGUUAAUCCACCCUACUGUGCAUAGGUGUUGGAGCUCUUAUGGUGAUGGUUUAGACAACAGUGUAGCCUCACCUGGUACAGGAGAUGAUGAUGACCCAGACAAGGACAAAAAGCGUCAGAAGAAAAGAGGCAUUUUCCCCAAAGUAGCAACAAAUAUCAUGAGAGCGUGGCUUUUCCAGCAUCUCACACAUCCAUAUCCUUCAGAGGAGCAGAAGAAACAGUUAGCCCAAGACACGGGACUUACAAUUCUACAAGUAAACAACUGGUUUAUUAAUGCCAGAAGAAGAAUAGUACAGCCUAUGAUUGACCAGUCAAAUCGAGCAGGCAAGUUCCAAGUAGUAUCUGUAUUCAAGUCCCACAGGCGCAAAUCCUCAUCAAGUUAUUCUUCAGGAGUCCCAUCACCUGGUUUUCUUCUUGAUCCUUCAGUGAGCCAAGGAGCAGCAUAUAGUCCAGAGGGUCAGCCGAUGGGAAGCUUUGUGUUGGAUGGUCAGCAGCACAUGGGAAUCCGGCCUGCAGGACCUAUGAGUGGAAUGGGCAUGAAUAUGGGCAUGGAUGGGCAAUGGCACUACAUGUAACCUUCAUCUUGUAAACCAGUCGCAAAGCAAGGGGGAAGUUUGCAAGGCAUGCCAGGGGACUACGUAUCUCAGGGUGGUCCUAUGGGUAUGAGUAUGGCACAGCCAAGUUACACUCCUCCCCAGAUGACCCCACACCCAACUCAAUUAAGACAUGGACACCCAAUCCAUUCAUAUUUGCCAAGUCACCCCCACCACCCAGCCAUGAUGAUGCACGGAGGACCCCCUACCCACCCUGGAAUGACCAUGUCAGCACAGAGCCCCACAAUGUUAAAUUCUGUAGACCCCAGUGUUGGUGGACAGGUUAUGGACAUUCAUGCCCAAUAGAAUAAGGGAACUCAAGGGAAAAACAAAACAAAAACAAACAGAAACUAUUUUAAGACUUUUGAACUUUGACCAGAUGUUGACACUUAAUACGAAAUUCCAGACAGCUGUGAUUAUUUUUUACUUUUUGUCAUUUUUCAUCAACAACAGAGGACCAAUGAAACAAGAACACAAAUGUGAAAUCAUGGGCUCACUGAAAUGAAUAUGUCCAUGUACAGAUCCUCUGGAAAAAAAAAGACUCCAAGAGUUAUAACUACUGUAGUAUAAACAUAGGAACUAAGUUAACUUGUACAUUUCUGUUGAUCACUCCGUUACGUUGCCUCAAAUAGUUUUAGAAGAAAAAAAAAUCCUUGUUUUCCACACUAUGUGUGUUGUUCCCAAAAGAAUGACUGUUUUGGUUCAGCAGUGAAGUCACUAUCCAUGAAAGACCUGUUUUGGCCAGUGAGAAAAGAACUACCCUGGAGAUGAAGAUGAAAAGUCUUGCUGGGUCUCUCAUCACUCAGAAGACUGUUCCAAGAAGGCCUUGCCAUUCCCUCAUUUUGUUCCUUCAUAAAAUAUGUCCUUUAGUUUCAAACAGAUCUUUAUAGUUUGUGCUUCAUUAAGUCUCUCCCCAUUCCUCCCAAUCUAUUUUUUUUUGGACUCUUCUUCAAAGAGCUUGCAGGUGAAGAUUUAAAAGACAGAACAGACAGAGCAGAAGCUUCUUCCAGUAGUUCUGAGCCUUGGCUUUGGACAAAACAAAACUAAAAGUUGGGCAGCUUUCCUCAAUGAAAGAAGUUACUAACGGUCUUUGCACCAAACCUAGGACUUUAUCAUGAACUCAAAGCUUGGGAAAAAAAAGCAAGAGAAUACUGUAACAAACUUCGUACAGAGUUCGGUCUAUUAAUUGUUUCAUGUUAGAUAUUCUAUGUGUUUACCUCAAUUGAAAAAAAAAAAGAAUGUUUUUGCUAGUAUCAGAUCUGCUGUGGAAUUGGUAUUGUAUGUCCAUGAAUUCUUCCUUUCUCAGCACGUGUUCCUCACUAGAAGAAAAUGCUGUUACCUUUAAGCUUUGUCAAAAUUUACAUUAAAAUACUUGUAUGAGGACUGUGACGUUAUGUUUUAAAAAGGAAAAAAAAGGUGUUAAGUCACAAAAUGCGGUAAUAAAUAUUUCAUUUUUGAUUUUUUGCUA